CUCCUCCACUUGCUAUAAUCUCACCUCAGCCCUCUUCAUUGCUACUCUAAGACAAUCUCCUUGAUCAAUUAGUUUCAUGGCUAGCUUUAGUGUCAUACUUGGUAUUAUUGGUAAUGUCAUCUCUAUACUCAUGUUUCUCUCCCCGGUAAAAACCUUCAGGCGGAUCGUUAAGAAGAAAUCAAUAGAGGAUUUCAAAGGAGUACCCUACAUAACCACAUUAUUGAGUACGAGUUUGUGGUCAUUUUAUGGGAUACUGAAGCCAGGAGGAUUGCUUGUGCUCACCGUUAAUGGCGCCGGAGCUAUCUUACACAUAAUCUACGUUACCCUGUUUCUCAUUUAUGCUCCCAAGGAUGUAAAGGUUAAGUCUUUGAAGCUGGUGGCAAUAGUGGACGUUGGUUUCUUUGGAGUGGUUGUUGCUGUAACGCUUCUGGCACUCCAUGGAAGCCUAAGGCUAACAGCGGUCGGACUUCUAUGCACAGGAAUGACUAUUGGAAUGUAUGCAUCCCCUCUUUCUGUCAUGAGAACUGUGAUCAAGAUGAAAAGUGUGGAGUACAUGCCAUUUUUUCUGUCUUUCUUUCAAUUCCUCAACGGGGGUGUCUGGGCUGCUUAUGCUGUGCUUGUAAAGGAUAUCUAUCUUGGAGUGUCAAAUGGAAUUGGAUUUAUAUUGGGUUCGGCCCAGCUGCUUCUUUUCGUCAUUUACAAAAACAAGUCUCCGUCAAAAUCUAAGGAUGCCGUGGAAGAAGAAGAAGGAGGAGGAGGAUCGGCCCAGCCCGUCAAAGGCGUGAUGCAGAUGGAGGAUUUUGAUAACAACGAAAAGAUGAAGACAGUUUCAUUAAAUCAAGAUGCAUUUGGCUCCACUGGAAGCAAAGAUCUUGAACUUGGUGUCAAAGAAAAUCUUUGAUCGUUCAAUAAUGGGAUUUUUCAAUUUGUGUUGUUAAAACAAAUCAGCUGUGCUAUCUGUUUUGAACAAUUUUUCUUGGCACAAAAGUUUAAAAUGGUUCGGGCACCUUUGCUUUUUGUAAAUGGGAAUUUACUCUGACAUGUGUAAUCUAAAGCUUUGAAGAUAGUAUAACUUCUUUAAUUUUGUGUGUGGA